AUGCCACGACCGAAAUCCCAUCUCUACACUUUACUAGUGACGGAUCUCGAAGACAAGAAACAUUCAUGGCACGACUAUGAUUGUGCAACUGCGAUGUCGGCAGCUACGAGCACCAAGUGCGCGUCGCGAUGGGUGACGAGGAUCAUUCCCACCAUCAUCACCGCAACUAGUGGUUAUGCAACCUACGUGAUCAUCGCCUAUUUGGGAGUCGAAUACCUGUACAGGACUAGGCACGAGCAUGGCACCGCCAUCGCGACAAUUACGAUCUACCUCUUCUUCUACUUGAUGACGAUCGCGGCAUACCUCCGAACCUUUCUCAAGAUCAAAGAGGACCCAGGUCUGGUACCGCUAGGGCCCGGAGCGCAACUCCCAGAGUCAAGCCAUAAACGAAAGCGAAGGAAGGACGGAGAUGUCGAAAGCCAACCGUAUUUUACUGGACCGGACCAGAAUCCGGAUAGUCCCGGCCUGGAGGAGUUUUACAGCAGAGAUGUUUUUGUUUGCGAGAACGAUGGCCGGCCGAAAUGGUGCUCCGAAUGCCGCAACUGGAAGCCCGAUCGCGCUCAUCAUUCCAGCGAGAUCGGGAGGUGCGUCCGAAAGAUGGAUCACUACUGUCCUUGGGUCGGCGGCAUGGUAUCUGAGACGUCCUUUAAGUUCUUCGCCCAGUUCACCUUCUACUGCACUCUCUACUGCACAAUAUCACUUGCGACGGCAGCCUACUGCCUGAAGAAGCAAAUACGGGACGGCGGUGCAGAUGGACGAACAAUCUCUGGCGUUGCAAUUGCCGGCUUCUUUGGCCUGUUCACGUUCCUCAUGACGGCGACGUCGUGGAGAUUUUUGUUCCUCAACAUCACUAACAUUGAUGCGCUUCGGAAGUCUUGGGUUCACCAGCUCGCGAUUCGAGUCCCAAGCGACACAGCCCCUGGAAAUGGGUACGGGAUAGUAACAUACCCUUUGCCAAAGUACCCGCAGGGGGUGCCUGCGUCUUCAGACGCAACGGUGGAUAGCAGCUCACCGCGGGAUCGCCUGGCUACCCGAGUGUUCGCGAUUGUGAGCACCGAGCCCGACGAGAACCCCUGGGACCUCGGAUGGAGAAGGAAUUGGACGUCGGUCAUGGGGCACAGCCUGAUUGACUGGCUACUGCCCAUACGUGGAUCACCCUGCGCCAUCCAUGACAGUAUGGAGAGUGACUACGAGAUGGGCCCAGUGUUGCACGCAUUGAGGGAACGACAUGGAUUAAGGGAUCCGAAUCAAGCGUCGGCCGAUAUCGAGAUGCGAGAAUUGCGGGCAGACGGUCACUGA